GCGUUGCAAAUGCCUUAUCCAUUCCAUUAAAUAAUGAUCUCUUCCCAAUUGGAAUGCAGACUGCUGAUGAAAUGGUACUUAAUAAAUUUAAAAAUUAGACGUUUUUUGUUUAGAUUGACGCUAACUUUGGACAAAAACCAUUUUUAUUUGAUAUGCGUUCAGAACUAAAAAUGGCUGAAAAAGCAACCAUGGAUAAUAUUAAUGCUAUAGAAUUACCUGCAGAAAAAGUUUUGUGGAUGAACAGUCUUGUUUCAAAUUGGAUGGCUCAUGAAGGCUAUUCUCGCGCCUUAGACGCUUUAAAUCGUGCAACAGGAGGUGGAACUAGAGGAGAACUUUCACAACAAUUAGCUAAAAGCGAUUCUCAAGGUUCAACAAUAACUUUUGAUUCCAAAGAUUCUCAAUCACCAACAGUUGCAGCAGAAAAAGUAGCCGAAGUUGUAAUGAAUUCAAUGAUUGGAUUAUUGGGUGGAAAUGGUGGUGAAAAUUCUUCCUCGCAACCACAAGGAGGAGGAGGAGGGAAUGUUAGACGUUCAGUGGUCCGUUCAGUUCAGGAGGCUCUUUAUGAAGAAAUGGAACAACGAAGAAUUCUUGUUCGUAUGGUUAAAAAGGGACAAUUGGCUGAUGCUAUUGAUAAAAUUGAGCAAUUAUUUCCUUCUUUGUUUGAAACAAAUCGACAACUUGCAUUAUUAAUAAAAACACAGCAUUUUAUUGAAAUGUAUAAAGAAAUUACUAAAGUAGGGUUUUUUUAAUUUUCACUAGAACAUCUUUUUGAUUAGAAAAGUUGGGCCUUUUUCGGGUUAGACAAGUUUGGGAAUAGAAUAAAUUGAGGAAUUAUCGGAUUGCGUUUUAGAAUAUUUUACGGAUCGGAUUUUAAUUUGGGAAAAGUCCGGGGUUUCGGCUACCUUUUGUGACAUUCCUGGGAUGGGGUCGGGGUUUUAGAAUUAUAAAAGUUGGGGUUAGGCAGGGUCAGGGUAUAAAUUGAAGUUGGCCCUCAACGAGGGGGGGGGGACGGGGAAUUUUCAAAAGAAUCUCUCGAAUUUUCUCGAUUUUCGGAGACGAGGGCCAACCCUGGCCUAAAUCAGGGAUUGGAUCUUUUCCGCUUCCACUUUUAUUUUCUUCCACCUUCCUGCUUUUUAAGAUGUGACAGGGCCCUUGUUCAUC